UUAUAAUUGGAAACAAGUUCAGAUCAAGACUGUGUUAAGGGUCGCCAGGCCAGGCCAAGACUGUGUUAAGGGUCGCCAGGCCAGGCCAAGACUGUGUUAAGGGUCGCCAGGCCAGGCCAAGACUGUGUUAAGGGUCGCAGCCAGCCAGGAGGGUAUUAAAAAUAGCGUGGCGCGGCAUGCCCCUGCAAUACUUAUCGCUGCCACAGUGCAGGGUCCAUAUAUUCAUAAAUGUAUCUGGCUCCCAUCACGACAACUUCCCAAGGCCACGGAGAAGAUUAAUAGAAUAUUCAUGGAUUUAUUUCCCGGUCACGGUGCAGAAGUCGGGCAUAUUUUAUUUUUUCUAGGCUCACGUAACUGUCCAUGGAAAUCCCAGAAACUUCUACGAGAGGCUUUUCAAGCCUGAGGCGCCGAUACGUUAAGAUUACUACGGCCUGGAGUGCCAGGUGGCGGUGCUCGACCCUCUGUGUGUGUGUGUUGGCGAGGGAAGUGUUCUGCUGGUGUGUGGGCGGCUGUGCUUCCCCGCCCGCCCCAGCCAGCACACGCCCAUGGGACCGGUUCCUUAUCCAAGAAUUAGAAAAAGCACACAGUGAAGGCCGCCGGUACACAAGGCAGACAGAAAGAUAAGCAGGCAGGCAUUGUGGCAGGCAUACAGGUAGCUAGGCGGAUUCGAACGCUGGUCCCCGACUGUGUGACCUCGAGAAGGAUGGAGUCCAGGACGCCGCGCUGAGGCCCACGCUGCUGCAGGCAGCCUGAUGUUCGCGGGCGUCGGGCUGGGCAUCCUCCCGUCGAGCUGGCUGGUGGGGAGGUUCGGCCGCCGCAUCUGUAUGAUCGCCCCGACCCUGCCCACCUUCCUCGGCUGGGCACUAAUCGCCUUCGCGCACAACGACAUCCUCAUCUUUAUCGGCAGGUUUGUCUCCGGCCUGAGCCUCGGGAUGAUGGUGCAGGCCUCCAAGAUCUACGUGGCGGAGAUCUCCAACGCCAGCAUCCGCGGCACGGCGUGCACCUUCAUGGAGAUGGUAAAGCUGGGCGGCUUCGUGCUGGUGGUUGCGGUGGCCAUCAAGGUGUCCUGGUACGUCAUCGCCGGCAGCCUCGCCGUGCUGGCGCUGGUGUACGGCGGCGCCAUGCUGGCCGUGCCCGAGAGCCCCAACUUCCUCGCCGUGCAGGGCAGGGAAGAAGAGGCCCGCCGAGUCCUCCGGCGAUUCCGAGGCCCCGGGGCGGACGUGGACGCGCAGCUGGCCCUCCUGAGGCACCGCAACCAGCGCAGCGACGGAGCCUCGGGGUUCGCGGCGCUGCUCAAGCGGGACGUGCUGAGGAGCGUGGCGGCGCUGCUGCUGCUGAUUACGUUUCGGAGCAUGUGUGGCUGCGAGAUGAUCACCGUGCACUGCACACGCAUGCUGCUGGCCACCGGCGUCACCCUGGACCACACGCUGGGCACCCUCAUCGUCAACUCGGCCUACGUGCUCGGGGGGCUCUGCCUCACCAUGACGGUGGACCGCCUGGGCCGCCGCCGGUCCAUGCUGGUGUCCCUCGCCGUCAUGCUGGCGGGCAACACGGUGCUGGGCUGCUACUGCUACUCCUUCCCGGCGAGCGCCGUGCCCGGGCUGGACAUCGAGCUCUUGUCUCCGCUGGACGCCAACACGACGGUCUCCUACCUCGCCGGCAACACGACUGUUCCCUACAUCGCCGGGCAGAGUGACACCGGUGACGCGGAGCGGCUGCUGCCGCUGCUCUGCUUCCUGGCCGUCGCCUUCGGGGCCGGCCUGGGCAUCGCCAACAUUCCUCUGGUGCUGGCGGUCGAGUACUUCCCGACCAACAUCAGGGCCGAGGGCUGCGGGCUGUGCAUGGUGUGGAUGGCGUCGUGCACCGCAGUCAUGCUGCAGCUGUACAGCGUCCUCCUGGACAGCCUCACCAUCGCCGGCAUCUACUGGUUCUUCGCUCUCAGCGCCAUGGCCGCCACGGUGCACACGCUUUGCUGCAUCAGGGAGACCAGCAAGUGCGACAUUGGCUGAGGCGGGGUGAGAGAGAGAGAGAGAGAGAGAGAGAGAGAGAGAGAGAGAGAGAGAGAGAGAGAGAGAGAGAGAGAGAGAGAGAGAGAGAGAGUGUGUGUGUGUGUGUGUGGCAAGUGCCUCCACUACAUUGGCUGAGGUCCAGUGACAACUCCCCCUAAGCCCGUGUUGGUCUCCACGACACACUCCCGGAGGGUCGUGCGGUGCGUCUCCAGGCGCUGCGACACACACGGGCGGGCGCCACGCACCCGCGACACCUCCGGGGAGAGGCACACACAAACACUGCAGAUAAAGCACAUUCAGACAUCAUCUCCCAAACGAAGCAAUGAGCGCGAGUAUGCAGCGCCGCCAGCCUAUACAGAGAGAGUCGGUUUCACGAGAGCUGGCGGCCUAAGCCUUCAGGGGUGGACUCGCGGUCUUGGUAAAAUUACUUAGGUGAUGGCCGCGCGGCCGGGUGGGUCUAUGGGCUGUAUUUUAAGACACCAUCGCUUCUCACAUCAACUCUUUCUAAAGGUCAAAGAGGGGAUCAAUCUGUUUUUCAUGAGUGUUUUUUAAGGUUCAUGGCACAGAAGAAGGGUCAAACUACCACCAGGGUCAUAAAACUACCCCUGGAAAGGCUUACAGUUCCUACGAAAGCCAUGUCAAAUAUAUGAACUUGGGCGACGAAAUGUUUUAAAAUACGACCCUAUGAGCCAUAUCUUCACACCAGCGGUUUUUUCCCGUGCGGUUGGUCUGCAGCAGUGCAUAGAAUACUUGUCAGUUUGUCGGUGUUUUCUCGAGAUGGAGGACGCACAGAAGAGUGAUCAAUGUGUAUAUAAUGGACAGGGGGUUAAUAAAGGAGAGGCUACGUACUGUACAUGGCGGACCCACCCAACAAUCAGCUCGAGGCAUGGAGGUAAAAUUAUUGGUGGAGUCGACACGGCCCGCUAACCCCAUGCAUUGAGGUGAAGCCGACGAACUGUCAAAUUUGCGGCCAGAAGAUGGGCUUUUUUUAUUAUUGUUUUCUUUUUUUGUGUGUGCCCUUGAGCUGUCUCCUUUGUUGUAAAAAAAAAAAUAAGGAACUAAACAACAGUAACACGAGGAGGAUAUUUUUCCAUCUACUGAAUCACUUAUCAGUCUGUUUGAAACCUUUAUAUCUGUCUAUCUAUCCAAGGGCGGAUCCAGCCUUGAGUUUUGGGGGGGGCCAACUGUUCAUCGACGACGGACUGUACACAUGGAAUUAAGUCACAUCGGAUUGCAUUGUGCUUUUCAGGGGCAUAACUCAAGAAUUAGAUCCAGAAUACUUUUGGUCUUUAUUAAGCAUAUAUUAAUAUAUAACAUAUAAGAAUCACAAUAAUCACAUCGUAAUAUUUAAAAAAAUAUGUAGCCUAAUAUGAAUAAUCGAGCUGGUAGGAAAGGAUGCCUACGUACUGUGUGAUGGCGCGGGGCGAGGCAGGAGACCAAGGCCCAGGUCAACAGCACCCGCACGAACAAGUGCGCUCGGCUUGGCCGAAAAUGGUACCUCUUCCCAACAUCAUAUCUCUGCCGUGGUUCAACCUAGACACUUCCAAUAUCUUUCAUCAUGAGGAGGAAGGAUUGGCGAUGAGAUAGCAGUAAAAACUAUUAUGUUUUCGUUUGAAAUUAAUUACCACACAGGGCAUUGGUGAACAACACCUAUUUUUCCAAAAAUUUGCAGUAUCGCUCGCGCGCUGGGAGAGUGACAAUAGACCCCUAGCCCGAGGUUUAUGGGCUAAAGAUUCGACAGCGCACGCCCUGAGUAAAUUCUAUAUUUAGAAGUCCUUGCUGAAGCUCAACCUUGGUAUUUUCCCUAAUCGCUGAUUGGCCGAAGAGGCCUUCCUUCUCAGCGCUUAAUUCCGAUUCGCUUGUGCAUUGAGGCCAUAGAAUUGGAUUUUGUUUUAUGUAGUAGAGCGAUGCAGUAUCGACUAUCGAGUUCUACAUGAUAUGUAUAUGAUUGAGGGAGGCUGACAGUAUCUGUAACGAAUUUCUUUGGGGGGGGCCAAAACAUACUCUCAGAGCGUUUGGGGG